AAAGACUUGAAAUUCUCCGAACCCUGAGGAACAAAACAAUGGCUACCACUAGAUUGGUGCGUUCGUCAAACAAUCCUUUGGGUCGAGUUUUUGCUCCCGCAUCUUCUUGGCCUUCGUCGGUGAAAACUGUGAGGUACACAAGCAACGGAGGUGUUAAAGUGGAGAAUAAUGUUUGUGGGAACAGUGAGAAGAAACCGAAGGUGGCCGUCAGGGCUUUGCCGACGACACUGGAAGCUGCCGUGAGAUCAGUUGAUUGGGGAAGAGGAUUGGCAUCUUUGCUCGCAAAUGCCAUCAAUGCCAUGCCCAUGCGUGAGAUGCUCGUAAGGCUGGUCUUGAAACCAACACAUUGGAAAUUCCACAUUCAGAUGUUCAUUGAAAAUGUUAUACUUAAUUGUCGAUUCUUCGCCAUGUUUGCUGUUGCUGGAUCUUUACUUGGAUCGAUACUCUGUUUCAUGGAGGGAAGCUUUCUCAUUGUGGAGUCAUAUUUACAGUAUUUCCAUAGCUUAUUAUCAAAAAAGUUAGAUCAAGAACAUAUCAUCCACCUUCUCAUAGAAGCCAUUGAUAUGUUCUUGGUCGGAACCUCCAUGCUUAUUUUCGGGAUGGGACUUUACAUCAUGUUUGUGGGUUCCAAAACCAUGAAAGGAGGUGCUCCUUCGCUUCCAAGAUCCAACUUAUUUGGCCUCUUCCAUUUGAAGACACUCGGCUUGGGUUGAAAUGAAAUCAAUUUCAGAAGCAAAGUCAAAAAUGGGGCAUGCUGUCAUGAUGAUACUUCAAGUAGGAGUUAUGGAGAAAUUCAAGGGAAUACCCAUUGUUAGUAGCUUGGAUCUUACCUGCUUCGCUGCUUCUGUAUUUCUUUCCUCAGCUUCUAUAUUCCUUCUCUCCAGGCUCUCAGUUGGCACCAGCACGGGAGAUAAUUAGGCACCCACAUAUAUUUAUAUUAAGAAAGAGAUUGCUAAGAAGAU